AACAUCUCGCUAUUAGCGAGAGAAGGAGAGAGAGUGUGCGAUCUUCGUCGUCGUCUGCGAAGGCGAAAGAUCCUUUGAGUUACGGGUGAAACAAAAACGCGUCCCGGCGAGAUGCGUCGCGCCGCAUCGCGCCGCUCUACUCUCCGCGUUGACUCCGCGUGACCAGCGCGAGUGGAGUUCCGCGCGACGGGACCGCGGGAGAAUUUCGGGAAGUGCGCCGCGAUCCCCGGUGCAAUUCGCCACGACCACCGCCGGCUGUUCGACGUCCCGACAAACGGGCGGCCCUGGAGGAGGACGUGGACGAGGAGAGAGGUGGAGGAGGAGGCGAGGAAGAAGAAGAAGAAGAAAAGGAGCAUUUCGGCUGCUGGGAGGAUGCGAGAUUGAGCUGCUGCUGCUGUUGCUGGUGCUGCACGCAACCGAGCCUCGGUCGACAGCCUCCGAGGAACCAUGAGCAGGUCUUGAUCACCAAUCAGUUGUGGACCGCGAAGAGAUGGACGCGGUAGGUCGACGCCAGCAAGAGAAUCGUAGACUUAAGCAUUGAUAACGACAGUGGAGGAAAUUGACAUCGUCAUCAGGUAGGAUUCUCUCUUAGAGGAUCCUCCUUCCCGACUCUCUUCGCGUUUCUUCAUCACCUCGAUCGGACCUGGAGGAUGAGCAUCGUAGCCAUCGCUCGCAGAAACUGGGCGCUGCGCCUCUCGGUGGUGCUGAACGUGUGCGUGCUACUGUAUGUGUGCGCUCACAUCGGCUCAUCAGGACCGUGGAUCGAGGAACCUCCGACCAACUGGGCGGCGGCAGCGCCGCUUCAGUCGGAUACCUAUGGAAAUGGCCUAAACGAUCUCGUAAAUGGCACUCAGAAAGGCGCCGCAGCUGGCGCAUCAUUCUCCUCGUCGUCGUCGUCAGCCGCUCUCGUCGGCGCCACAAAUAAUGCGGCGCCGACAAACAACGGUGGCGCUGGCCGUUCUCUCGGGAUUAGCCUCGUCACUACGACGCCUCCCAAUAGGGCCAAGGCCGAGGCUCUUGAUAAGCCGCAGGAAUACUCGCGUAAUCAGACGGUGAGGAACAACACGACGAACGUCGCGCGCGAACCAAUGAGCCUGAGGGAAGCCGUGGCCUGCAAUGAGAAAUCAACAGAGCCUAGACGGGCACAGCGCGGCGAUUACUGGGUGCUGUAUAAUUAUGUGCCGAUGAGCAUGGCGGUGAAAUGUUGGGAGAGCGUGACAUAUACCACGCACGCUGACUACACGUUCCUCGACAAUCUGGAGCCGCUGCUGGAGCGCUGGCGAGCGCCGAUAUCGAUCGCUAUGCACGCACCCGGCACCGACUUCCCGGCGACCCUCGACGCCAUCAGGUACUCGAGGAACUGUGGCAGCCCCUUGGUCUCGCAACUGGUGACCUUUCACGUCUUCUUCAGCAGUAAACACGUGCCAAAAGUGAUACCGCCAUCAGAGAAGAUCGCCUCCGACACAUACAACUGCUCGCUUGGACCACCAUGGGUGAACGUCAGUCUCGCGAAGAUGUACAAGAAUGAGAAAAAGCUGCUAUAUCCGGUGAACGUGGGCCGUAACAUAGCGCGCGAGUCCGCACCCACCUUCUAUGUGUUCCCCAGCGACAUCGAACUGUAUCCCAGCCCAAACCUGCCCGACAAGUUCCUCGAGAUGAUUCGCAAACGAGAUCAGCCGGCUCUCCACAAGCCCAAUCCCAAGGUCUUUGUGUUGUCCAUCUUUGAAGUGGACGAGAAGAGCCAACCACCUAAUAAUAAGACGCGUCUGAUACAGAUGCUGAAAGCAGGCACCGCCAUACCCUUUCAUAAGAAAUUAUGCUCCGGCUGCCAUAAUGUGCCGAAGAGCAAGGAAUGGCAGGAAACGCCAGAGACGGAGAACCUGCACGUGUUUCAUGUUGGCAAGAGAACUGGUAGUUUCGUACACUGGGAGCCGAUCUUCAUCGGGACCAAUAACGAUCCUUUUUACGAUGAAAGACUUAGUUGGGAGGGAAAGAGUGAUAAAAUGACACAGGGUUACGCGCUCUGUGUUCUCGAUUAUGACUUUCUUAUUCUGGACAACGCCUUCUUAGUGCACCGGCCUGGUAUCAAGAUUUUCAAGAAAGAUCCACAUCGCGAUAUGCUUACCGCCAAGACGAACGCGCUUAUCAAGAAGAUUAUCAUGCCGGAGCUGAAGGUGCUGUAUGGCACGAGGAAAGGUUGCGCUGUGUAGCCCGUGGAGUCGCGGGCACGACAGCGCAUGCUGUACAGGUGCCCGUCAGUACGAUGGAAUCAUCUGCGAUCCUCCCUGUCGUCUGCAUCGUCGUCGUUGACUUUCAUUAUGCAGAAACAGAUCACUCGGACACGCAGCGAGCUAAUGCUACGAUUCGCUUUAGACUCCCAAGAUCGUGUUCAUGUGCGUUCCCUGCAAUCCGCUCGUGAAUGGGACCUGAAAAAAAUUCGCUGCGAUUCAUAAAGGACAUUUUUCUCCCUCUAAUUACGCCAACUCAACGAGUGUCGAAAGAACAUACGAAUUAUCGCAUAAGUACUCGGUGAGUUUAGAGUAACAGCAUUUCACGAACGCGUCGUGCUCGUGUGCAACUUUGCGUCAUUUCACUAUCGCGAUCAUCGAUCAUUGUUGCCAUCACUUUUAUCGUUAGCAGCGUCGGUACGCAGUGUCUUACGGAAACGUCGAGGCAACGUGAAAAGAGAGAGAUUUGCACGAAAGAAGUACAUAAUAUACGUUGCGACGCUCAAAUUUUCUCUCGGUGGUAAUACUCUAGCUUUCGUAAAAGGAUAUUUAAUACGUAAAAAAGUCGUACCACGUAUUUUUCACUUGGACAAAUCCUCCUUUUAGUAAAUAUGAUUGUACAUAAUAAAACGGUGCCUCAUAUAUAUCAGUAUAUCUAUUGCACUUUUAGUAAAAGAGUUACGAACAAAUAGUGCCAGAUUCAACGCGAUUUUCUCGUGGAUUAUGACCGUCUUUAUAAUCGAAGUCUGCUA